GCAAGAAAAAAAAAAACACAAAACAAAACCAACAAAAGCCUUCACUUACGCGUCCACUGAUUACACCACUUUUCUCUCCACUUUCCCAUCUCGUUCCCCACAUCCAAACGUCACUUCUCUCCAAGAAUCCAUUUUUUUUUCAUCCCCAUCCUUUCUCUGUUUAGAUCACACCAAAAAAAAAAAAAACCCAAAUAAAUACAUUAUUUACCAAAAAUCCGUCAAUAAAAGAAGAAAAAAAAUCAUGGCGAAGCAUCAAAGACCGCCAUCUGGCCGUACAAAUCUAGCUUCAUGUAUUGUAGCAACAAUUUUCUUGAUCUUCAUUGUAAUAAUAGUUCUCAUUGUUUACUUCACUGUUUUUAAACCUAAAGACCCUGAGAUCUCUGUCAACGCCGUUCAGCUUCCUUCGUUCUCCGUUGGUAACAACUCCGUCAGCUUCACUUUCUCCCAAUACGUCACCGUUAAAAACCCUAACCGAGCUGCUUUCUCUCACUACGACAGCACUAUCCAGCUUCUUUACUCGGGUUCUCAAGUCGGAUUCAUGUUCAUACCUGCGGGAAAGGUCGAGGCGGGUCGGACCCAGUACAUGGCUGCUACUUUUACCGUUCAGUCUUUCCCCUUGGCGGCAACGAAUGAGGCAUCUGUGGCAACAAUACCCACUACGACUACAACAACGACGGGGCCCAUUGGGCUAAUUGAUGGCUUUGGCGGUAAUAAUAAUGGGUAUCGAGUUGGACCCACGAUGGAGAUUGAGUCUCGGAUGGAGAUGGCGGGUCGGGUCCGUGUUCUGCAUGUCUUCACCCAUCAUGUGGAUGCUAAAUCUGGGUGUAGAGUCACCAUUUCCGUUACUGAUGGGUCUGUUUUAGGGUUUCAUUGCUAAUUUUUUUUCUUUUUUUUCCACGUUUUUCAGUUUUGGAGGUUUUGUCGAUUUGGGUAUCAAAUUUUGUAUACCCAAUUUGUCAAAAAAACUGUAAAAAUAGUUUCUUUUUUGGUUGCAAGUAAGCUAUUUUAGUAUAAAGAAUCAAAAUUUCGAGCUUAAUCUGUCAAUUUUAACUAAAUUUAAGAGUCAAGUAACGAAGCUCAAUGUUGUUUAGCACUUUUUUUUUUUUUUUUCUGUGAAGUGAUUAAAUGAAGAGUAUGUAAAGGAUGAAUUUUCAAGCUUCGCCCUGUUGAGUGUUGAUUUAGGCGUAAUCAUGAGACUGAAACAGAGAUUGGUAUUUGGGGGUUUGGUCCAAUAGUUAAGCAAAGGUCAGUGAAUAAUGAACUGGAAAGCAGCGUAAAAUACGGUUUGUUUUUCGUUUUGCUUUUAUUAAUUAGAACA